GCUUAUUAUGCGAAGUAUUCGGUACCUUAAUAGCCGCGACAGCCGUGAUACCCGGCUAUCUGACGAAAGAUAGAAAGAGUCUCCUGCCAGCGUGUUUAUCAGUGAAUCAGUGAGGAGAUUAGCUUUGUGAUUGCGUGCUUUGAAAAAGGUCCGCUUCUCUGCAUGGUAAAGCUUUGUUUUUUUUCCUCCCGUCUUGUUGUGAAGGAUGUUUUGUACACGGUGUGCAAUCCCAUCGGUAACGUGCUGCGCAUCGUCAUAUUCAAGCGGAACGGGAUCCAGGCCAUGGUGGAGUUCGAAACGGUACAAAAUGCGCAGAAGGCGAAGGCGGCGCUGAACGGGGCGGACAUCUACGCCGGCUGCUGCACGCUGAAGAUCGAAUACGCCCGGCCGACGCGCCUGAACGUCAUCCGGAAUGACAACGACAGCUGGGACUACACCAAGCCGUACCUCGUCAGACGAGAGCGGGGGAAAGGGAGACAGCGGCAGGCCAUCCUGGGAGCGCACCCUUCCUCUUUCAGCGACAACGGCUACGGGCCACACUGCCCCCUGCUGCCACUUCCCAGCAAUAACAGGUAUAAGAGGACGUCCCAUGACAUCCCUGACGUGGUGGCCUACCCCCUGCCCCAAACCUCCUCUUACAUGGGGCACGCCUCCAGCUCCGUCGCCAUGGUGAGCGGCCUCCAUCCCGCCAAGAUGAACUGCACCCGCAUCUUCAACCUCUUCUGUCUCUACGGCAACAUCGAGAAGGUGAAGUUCAUGAAGAGCGUGCCGGGCACCGCCCUGGUGGAGAUGGGAGAUGAGUACGCUGUGGACAGAGCCAUUACGCACCUGAACAGCAUCAAGGUGUUCACCAAGAGGCUUAACGUCUGCGUAUCCAAGCAACACGCCGUCAUCCCCAGCCAGGUGUUUGAGCUGGAGGACGGCACCAGCAGCUACAAGGACUUCGCCAUGACCCGAAACAACCGCUUCACCAGCGCGGGGCAGGCCUCCAAAAACAUCAUCCAGCCGCCGUCCUGCGUGCUGCACUUCUACAACGUCCCGCCCUGCGUCACCGAGGAGGAGCUGCAGAGGUUGUGUACAGAGCACGAUGUACCCGGUUUCAUCAAGUUCAAAGUGUUUGACGCCAAACCCUGCUCAAAAACCAUCUCCGGGCUGCUGGAGUUCGACAGCAAGACGCACGCCGUGGAGGUCCUGACUGUGCUGAACCAUUUCCAGAUCAGAAUACCAAAUGGUUCCAACCCCUACACCCUGAAGCUGUGCUUCUCCACCUCCUCACACCUCUGAUACUGGGGCUGCAGCGCCACCUGCAGGCUUCGUGUGAAGAUGGUGGAGCCCCCAGAGAGAACAGGGAACUGCCCCGAGAGGAAGGGCAGAUGGACAGAAGGAAAGACGGAAGGAUGGAGAGAGAGAGGCCUUCAUCCUCAAAUGGAGGAGAGAACAUACGCACAUAAGUCUAAAACACUGAAGCGUUGUUUUUUUUUUUUUUUUUUUUAAAUACUGUUUUUUUUUUUCAUUCGUUCAGUCAAAAUCUAGGAGGGGCCAAAAAAAACAAAACUGGUGACUGAUGGAAAAAUCCCACCCCCCCUUCCCUACCCAACCUGAAUCCCCAUUAUUUCCCAGUGGCCCUUGAGACUGGUGACUGAGAUGACAACUCAGACCGAAUGGAACUUGGCUUUGUUGUGACUUUAGACUGCGGUCUCCUGGGGUAGCCCACUUGGGGGUGAGCGGUCGGGGGGGCGGGGGGGGGGGGGGCAGGUCUCCCAGACGGUCACCGAUGAUGACUGACCAUUGAACUGACCUCUUGCCAGCCAUGUAAAAAAAAAAAAAAAGCAAAAGUAAUAACAAAAUAACAAUCAGUGGACG